GUAAUCGAAGAAGACUGGCUAAGGUGGGCCAGGAAUAAUCAAGAUGUUCUGCGAGCCGAGCUCUAUAGUAAUGUACUCGAUGCUGUUAGCAAGGGUGACACUGAUGCUAAAAUCAUUGGACAAAGGUUCAUACUGCCGCCAAGUUUCACUGGCGGGCCUCGAUACUUAGUUGAGAAAUACCAUGAUGCUAUGGCUAUCUGCAGAGAAUAUGGGAACCCGGAUUUGUUUAUCACAAUGACGGCCAAUCCUAACUGGAGAGAGAUUAAGGAACAUCUUGAGAUAUACAGUGGAGACUCUCCCAAUGAUAGACCAGACAUCGAAUGUCAGGUCUUUAAAAUGAAGUUAGAUCAGCUACUGAAGGAUUUCAAAAAAGAAACUUUCUUCAAGCCAUACACAGCAGCUCUCCACAGAAUAGAGUUUCAAAAAAGGGGCCUCACUCAUGCACAUAUAUUAUUGUGGUUUUGAAAGUCUUCCAGAACACUAAGUUCGGAAGAAGUAGAUGAGAUUAUUUCAGCCGAGCUCCCAAACAAAGAAGAAGACCCAGAAGCUUAUAAUUUAGUGACAAAACACAUGAUCCAUGGUCCAUGUGGUGUCAUUAAUCCGAAGUCACUGUGUAUGGAAAAUAAUGUGUGCACAAAGAAGUAUCCUCGGCCGUAUAAUGAAAACACUUCGAUUGACAAAUCAGGGUAUGUAUUAUAUCAUCGCAGCCGGAAUGAAAAUGAGUAUGUGGUUAAAAGUGGGGCAAAUUUAAACAACACGUUUGUUGUACCUCAUAACAUUAAUAUCCUAAAGAAGUACGAGGCUCAUAUUAAUGUGGAAUGGUGUAAUCGUACAACUGCAGUGAAGUACUUAUUCAAGUACAUAGCCAAGGGUGUUAACAGAGCAUCCGCAGUUAUUGAAAAAGGAAAUACGGCUACUACCUCUGACACAAUGGCUUCUGGAGAACCAAAGGAAAAAGUGAUUAAGCAACGAAAUGAGAUCCAAGAAUACAUCGAAGCUCGGUAUUUAUCAGCUUGUGAGUCCAUGUGGCGAACUUUCGCAUUUCACAUACACAAAAGAAAGCCAUCCGUUGAGAAGCUUAUCAUUCACUUAGAAGGCGAACAUAACAUCACAAUUAAAGAAACUGACAACCUCGGCCGCGUAAUCCACAAACCAGGUAUUGAGAAGACAAUGUUUACUGAAUGGAUGGUAUUAUGCAGAAGGUCAGAAUUUGCACGCACAUUAACUUAUGUGCAAAUACCAGAAUAUUUCGUAUGGAACAACAAUUCCAAAGUCUGGACUGAACGUAAGAAAGGAAAAACCAUUGGGCGAAAUGUGGCUGUCCAUCCAUCAGCAGGUGAUCGAUACUAUCUGAGGAUCCUCAUUAAUAAGAUUAAGGGUCCUAGAAGUUAUGACGAGCUGAAAACUUUCAACGAUGUGAAAUACCCUGACUUCAAAUCAGUUUGCCACGCACGAGGCUAUUUGGAAGAUGAUGUUGAAUGGCUCGAGAGUAUGUCGGAGGGUGCUAGAACAGCCACCCCAUACCAACUCUGCGAUAUGUUUGUCACAUUCCUAAACACUUGCUUCGUUGCAAGCCCCAAAGGACUAUGGGAGCACUCAUGGAAAUCAAUGAGCGAGGACAUACUUCACAAGAGACAAAGGAUCUUAGGCCACACAAAUCUGGAACUGGAUGAUGAGACCCUAGAGCAAUACACGUUAAUCGAAGUGGAAAAGUUGAUGCGCAUGCAAGACCGUUCUUUAAAUGAUAUUAAAGAGAUGCCAAAGAUCAAACCUGUUUUUCUAAAAGAAUUGGGGAACAGUUUGUGGAACCAAGAAAUGGAUUACGAUGUUGCCGAGGAAACACUCAGACAUGUCAGUCAGUACCACUUACUUAACGCCUAGCAGCGUGCGAUUUACGAAUCAGUAUUAGACUCUGUCGAUAAAAAGGAUGGCAAACUAUUCUUUGUACAUGGCGCAGGGGGCACAGGAAAAACAUUCCUCUAUCAAACCAUUAUAUCCAGACUACGCUCGAGGAAACAAAUCGUUCUCCCGGUAGAUUCUUCAGGAAUAGCCGCAUUGCUCCUACAAAACGGAAGAACAGCUCAUUCUCGCUUUAAUAUUCCUUUGAAACUCGAUGAAGAUAAGCUCUGCAACAUCAAACCAGGUACGAUGCUUGCUGAACUCAUUGAGAAAACGGACCUCAUAAUUUGGGAUGAGGCACCUAUGACGCACAAUCAUGCCUUCGAAGCAUUAGACAAAACUUUGAAGGACAUAAUGUCUAUGAAAAAUCCACACGCAAAGGAUCAAACUUUUGGCGGAAAAACUGUUUUGUUAGGUGGUGAUUUUAGACAGGUCCUUCCGGUAGUUCCACAAGGGAGUAGAGCUGAUACUGUCUUAGCUUCGAUAAGUCAUUCAUAUCUAUGGAAUACCUGCCACAAGUUCCCUCUGAAGACAAAUAUGCGAGUCAACCAGGACGAGAAAGAGUUCUCUGAUUGGCUUCUCAAAGUCGGUGAAGGUCGUCCACAAUCAGAACAAGAAGAUGAGGACGAUGGCUACCAAGACCAAAUCUUAACCGUCGACCCCUCAUUGGUCCAAGAAACUAAGGAUGAGUCAUUAAAGCAAGUUGUCGAUGCUGCGUAUGGUGAUGUCAACCAAAUAGAGGCCUCCCAAAGUUCCUACACCGAUAAAGCUAUCCUUACACCCCAAAAUGAUACAGUCGAUGAAAUGAAUGCGUAUACAAUCUCGCAAACCGACGGAGAGUCAAAAGACUACUACAGUUACGAUAGCUUUGAGGUUUCGGAAACUCAAUCUAACCAAAAUGAUACACUAUACGCCAUUGAGUAUCUCAACUCCAUGGAGUUUCCAGGAUUGCCUUCCCAUAAACUCACUCUCAAAGUUGGGGCCCCGAUUAUGCUUCUGCGAAACAUAAAUCAAACAAAAGGAUUAUGUAAUUGUACCCGUAUGAUCCUAACCCACAUAGGUGAAAGAGUGCUUAAGGCAGAUAUAAUUACUGGCUCACACAUUGGAAAUGAAGUUUUGAUCCCAAGAAUAGUCCUCUUGCAUGGAGAUACAAAGCUACCGUUCACUUAACGUCGACGACAAUUCCCUAUCAGAUUGUGUUAUGCAAUGACAAUCAACAAAAGCCAGGGCCAAAGCUUAAAAGAUGUCAUCCUAUAUCUUCCUAGACCCGUCUUCGCACAUGGUCAACUGUAUGUGGCCCUCUCACGUGUAACAAGCAAAGCAGGACUAAAAAUCAUCAAAGACGAAGACUCACACAAACAAAAAGUGAAGAACAUAGUCUACAAAGAAAUCUUCAACCGCCUACGUUCCCAAGAGUGUAAGUAAAAUUGAAAACUCAGAAUCUCAUUGACGGUUUCUAAAGUGGUUAUCUAUCUAAUAAUUCACAUUUACCUGCUAUGCAGUACUCGAGGUACCACAAGAAGCAAAUCACAACUAAAACUCAUACCCUGAUGAUGGACACCUGACUACUUACAAGUACGUCUCCCUACGCUACUAACUAAUUAUUUGAUUCGUAACACUAAUCUAUGUUCACUGAUUUAUUUUAAAAAAAUUUCAGGGUCCCCAACGCGGAAAACUCCUUCACAUCCAUCACCCUCUUUAUCGAAAGUCCACCAUCUUACUUAUAAUUUUUUCAUCUAUGUUCUAAGACUUUGACAUUUGCUCUUAAUAAUGAUAAUGACAAUUUUGCUUCUAAACAUAAUUUAUAACAAACAUAAAUUUUCAAGAGAUCAAGGCUAUUAUCUUUGUUUGAUUUGUGGGUUGUAUUUCUGGUUCAUAUAUGCAAGAGUUGUGUUUCUACAACAAAUACAUAUAGCUGAUUGACUAUACCUUGAACAACCAAAAAAGUUUAACGAAUCAAUUAAAUAACAACUAAAACAUUUGCAUAACUCAAAAUUGAUAUCAAGACAGCAAAUGACACCAUUCAACUAUUUUUAAAUUUACAUAACAGCUUUCUAUGUCUAUUAAAAAAGCACACUCAUGUACUCUAUUCCCCUACAAAAAUUGAUUGCUCAAAUCAUUAUAUUAUUCAAACAUACUAAUGUGUAAACUGACUUUUUUCCACAAUUUAACAUCAACUGUUUCAUUAAAUGUCAUGCGUUGCAAAUAAAUUUCAUAAAAAAUAACCCGGGCGUAGCCCGGGACCGCCUCUAGUCACAAUAGUAAAGGGCAAUAUGAAGCUCUCUAAGCUAUGCCACGUCGUUUAAAAUAAUUAUCCAAUGAGAAAGUUUGUUUUCGCCACGUCACCUUUGUUUUUUUUACUAAAGAAGAGUAAAGUCGGUGUUAUGCCGUGGCUUUUCCACUUCGUGUUCGUCUCCAAACUCAGAAUUUUCAGUUACCUUGAGACAAUAUUGAUCAAUCAAUGAUUAUCUAUAAACUCUUCUUGAUUGUUUCGUUUCACCUCCACCCAAAAUCGAGUUGGCUGUAGAAACGCAUCUCGAAAUCGUUUUCAAACGGAAUUGGUCUUAUAUUUUGCUGGGGCUUAUGUUUUUGUAGGCAAAUCCUUGCGACUUGAUCUUCGCGAUUGCAUAUUUUGGUCCGAGUUGUGGUUCAUAAUGAUCUAUCAAUUAAAACACAAGCAGAAGAGUGGAUGCUUAUUGAUUGAUCAAGAUUCAGAUACCCUGUCAACUUCAUCUUUCCAUCGUUGAGUUUCUUGGAUUUCUGGCGACUAAUUACUGGGGUUUUUUCUUAGCGCUUUAUAUGAUUAUCAAAUUUAAAUACUUGAUAUUGACUUCUCUCUUUCCUUCUCCAGUUUCCAUCAAAAUCGAUUCUUUUUUUCUCUCUCAGCAAAACCCUAGCUUCGACGAAUCGCGUACACUUUCUUCUUCGGAGACAAGGAUGAAUGAAGCGACUCGAAUCAGAGAGAAGUACCCUGACAGAGUCUCUGUGAUUGUGGAGAACAUGACAUGGCAAGAAGAAAACAUUCACCCAAGGCUUGGAUAGGUAAUUAUAUAGACAUUCACUUUGUAGUUUUUUGAACAAUUGUUAUAUAGAGACAAGAAAACGUCUGGUGAAUGCUGCACUUGAAGAAUAAGAAAUAUUUAUUACAUGUUUUGAUCAGUUUAUAUUGUCAGCUAAUGUCGGAGAAGAACAAAGGGAUUUUACAGUUUAUAUUUUCUCAAAAUAUGGGAAAAUAAUAGUACAAAAAUUAAGUUUUAUUUUUUCAUAAGCUUAUGUUUCAAAAUAUAUAUUAAAUUAUAAUAGCUUUUACUUUUUAAAAUUUGAAAAAAAAAUAUUUAGAAUAUAAUCCGCAAAACCACGAUCAGACUUGAGAUCAAGGUAUUGUUUUACUAUAUCCAUGUUGUAUUUUGGAGAUUUUUUUUAGAUCAUUCACUAUGGUUUUCACUGUUUUUAGUGAUUCAAUGUAUGUUUUUUAUUUUGAAUCAGAAAGAACUAGCUCAAAGAUUUGAGAGAGUAAAGUUUGUUGAUCUGCAUCUUAAAUAGAACCAUGGUAAUUUCAAGCAUUUGAUUGUGCUCCCAUGCAGCUUAGUUGUAGUGAUUGAAAGACAACUUUAGACCAUUUGGUAUCAUUAAUUUUGUGGAGUAGCAGCAUAUUUGUUGCUUUUAUAGUUCUUACCUUUAUUUUAUGACUGAGAACUGAUAUCACAUUAUCUUGUAGGUUUCUAGAAAGUUUAUGUUCUAGAAUUUUGUGUAUUUGGAACUACCUGACACAUGCGGAUGAAUAAUUUUGUUUUCUUUA